AGAGAAAAUGAAAAAUCGAUGAGCUGUCGCCGUCUCUUCUGGGCUCACGGCUUCUGCUCCUUUCUCUACACUAAACCACUAACAUCUGGGUGCAAAAAUGCACUAAUUCACGCCAGCUUUUUCCCUUUUCCACUAGUUUUCUCAAUUUUUAGCUAAUAUUUUCCACUAAAAUGUCAUCUCCACAACAAUUCACAAUUCCGGCGAGCGAGGUGAUGACGUCAAUUGUGCUCCCGACGAUAAUUUUCUGUGUUGGGCUCGUUGCAGCCAUGUUGCUUGGAAUUAAUAAAUGCAAGCAGUGGGAGCUGGACAAGGUCGUCGAGAUGAGAAGAUCACGUCGGGUGCUCCAGCGAGUUACGAAUAGGCUUAGAGAGAAGAAUUUUAAGACGAUACAACGAGCUCGGACAAUGCGAAAAAGGGCCGCCAGUGCAAAAGCAAGAAAUGAAUUCUCACCGCCGGCUUAUCAAUCAAAAAACAAUUCGACAGAGUUUCCGUGUGGCACAUCUCCUCCGCCAUCGUAUGAAGACGACGUUCUCGAGGAGUACUACAAAGAAUGUCACCCGAGCAGACGAUCUAUCCCGGUACCUAGCUCUCCUCGACGAUAUAUUCGACAAAGGUCGAAAUUCAGUUCUGCAGCAAGAAGAGUCAGCCGUUCAAGUGUCAGCACCGGCUGUCAUCAACCUCGAGGAUCGAUCCAUAUUGUGUAGAGCUGGAGCAGUAAAAUUCAAUAAUUUUUUUCGAUUAUUUCUGCCUAUUUUGAAAAUUGUGUACGAAAGCCUUGUCUAAACACCUUUUUCAAUGUUUUAUUCUUGAAUAUCGAUAAAGUUUCCAUAAAGCAUUGAUUU